AUGGGUUACGACAAGUCAGGCGAAACAAGGGCAAUAGUCAUUACUAUUCUCGUACUAACAUCAAUGCUAAUAACUUUCGGUCUCGCCAUCUUCGCAGAUAGAUUACAGCCUGAUCACGGCGACGCAUCGAGUCUCGAACGCAAGAGUUACGACAAUGUUCCGCCUUCCGUUCUUUCACGAGGAGACUCUGACAUCCCCGAGGGAAAGCCCCUCUUCAACAUGUCGCGUCCUCACAUCGGCGACGUCCCCUACGGCCAAGCCAUCUUCUCCUGCUCCAAGCCGGGGCAAAUCGCACUGACGUUCGACGACGGCCCCUUUUACUGGACCAACCACGUCUUGGACCAGCUGGACGGGCUCAACAUCAAGGGGACGUUCUUCAUCACGGGCAACAGCCCGGUCCUGAGCCGGCGCAUCGACACGAACCCGGAGUACGCAGCCCUGAUCAGGCGUAUGCGCUCGAGGGGCCACCAGAUCGCCUCUCACACCUGGUCGCACAAGCAUCUAAAAGACAUCGGGCGCGAGGGCCGCUACAACGAAAUGGUGUACAACGAGAUGGCCCUCCGCAACGUCAUGACCACGCCGCCGACGUACAUGCGUCCUCCGUACGGAGAAUGGCGCGACCCGGACUCGAUGCAGGAUCUGAAGGCGCUAGGGUACCACGUCAUCAUGUACAACAUCGACACCAGGGACUACAACUGUAACACGGAGACGGACAUCGAGGACUCGAUUAGCCUAUUCAAAGACGCACUUAGGGAAGAUGGUAACGGGUCGUAUAUCGUGCUGGCGCAUGAUGUUCGCGAGUGGACGGCGAAGAAGCUGCUCCCGGCUAUGAUUCACACUAUGGACCUGAGGGGAUAUCACGCCGUGACCGUGGGGGAGUGUCUGGGCGAUUCGGAGUUUAAUUGGUAUAGGGACCCUGAUGACGUGGAGGAUUGA